AUGAGAAAAGAAGAGCUAGAGUUGUCGGAGCACAACGGAAAAGUAAUCAAUAACGAACAAGAAUUUCAGCCCGAAGAUGGUCACCAUCGACAAGAUGUGUUUGAAAAUGAAUAUGACGGGGAUUUCUGGAUAAAAGUACGUUUAAAGCAGACAAAGGGACUCUCAUGGAGUAGAGCCAUGGAUCAAGUUACUGUUGAACGACUUAUCCAGAAGUACAAAGAUAACGGGGAACUGGAUGAUGAGGAUCCGGCCCUUUUGAUGUUAAAAUUGUGGCCAGCAUACCAGUACAAAGUUAACCCUGACAAACUGUCAGGUCUUGAACAGAAGAUCAAUUGUCUUUUGGAAAUUAUGUUAGAAAGUGAACUGAAUGCCAACAACAAAUAUGAGAUAUUCAGAGAUGAAGAUGACAAAACAAGGAAGACAUUGCUGCACUAUGCCUCAGAACUUGGAUUUUUACAGGUCACCCAGACACUUGUGAAGAAAUGUCCUGUGCUUCUAAUUAUGCAGACUGAGGAAGUUAGGAAAAAAAGAGCCAUGUUUGCAGUUGAAUUGGCCAUUUUAGCAGGAAAUGAUGAGGUGGCUGCAUACUUGAUCAGGAUAAUGUGGCAUGAAAGAAUAUUGGGAUUAUUUUUUUGGAGACCUGCAGUCAAUGAGAGGAACCCAGCUCAGCCAUCUUUCUUUAGUUUCAAGUCCAUUCUGGAGAAUCCUAAAAUGAAGAAAACAAUACUAGCAGUGCUAGACCAGAUGAUCAAUCCUCACUGGCCACACCUUCCAAAACGCAAGGAUAGCUAUGAAAAUGAAAAGGAAAAGGAGGUAGUAGAGGGUGCCUGGCGCACAAUCACAGAUGAUCCUUUGGACUAUCAUUUUUAUUAUCAUAUUUUGGAUGGUGACGAGGGAGGACGGCCUCCGAAAGUGAUGAUGCCAGGAGGACACGGACAGACAGAAAACAAGUAUUUCAACUGGAGGGACAAGUCUUGUUUACAUGUCAUUGCAAAGAGCAGGAAUAUGGAGGCUCUUCAACAUCCUGUGGUUAGAAUGUUGGUUAAAGCAAAAUGGAAAAGUUAUGGACACUUCUUUCUCAGCCUUCAAGCAGCAUUGUAUGUGAUCUUCUUGCUGUGUUUGUCAUAUUCUCUGCUGAGUGCUUCCACAGCAGGGGACCCCACUCAAUAUGGGGGUGAAGCAGAUUCACUGGGUGGUUUUUGUGAGAUUUUCACCCUUAUUAUGAUGGUCUUUUACAUAUGUGAAGAAAUUAAUCAAAUGAGAUUAGAGGGGAAGUCGUACUUCACAGAAUGGAUGACCCUGUUUGACUGGUCAGGCCUGUUGCUGAUCCUGUGUAUAAUACCCUUACGGUAUACACAAAGUAAAGCUCAGUGGCUUGUGGCAUCUUUAGCUUUCUUGUUCAACUUCCUGAGGAUCUUUAAGUUUUCUUGCUUGACAAGGUAA